UGCUUGGCAAGCACUUCUACAAAGCAUAUGAUCUUUUGAAAGGAAAAAAUUAAAUUAAAAUGGAAUUUUAAGGCUCGCACCAGAGAGAGAGAGGGGCGUCCAUUUCCACAGGCGUAGAGAUGGGAAGAACGGCAGAGAAAAAUGGAAGCUUUGACCGCCACUGAUUCUCUAUAGAUUUCGAGAUCUACUAAUCGCAACUCUCUCUCUCUCUCUCUCUCUCUCUCUCUCCCUCGGCAUCGUUUGAUCCUUGUAGAUCCUCCUGAUUCAUCUGGGUAGUCUCAGCUCAGAUCAGUCGCAGAGCCAAUUUCAGGUUUGUUUCUCAAGUUUCAUGGAGUAUUUACCAAGGAUUCUAGCUCAAGAAAGAAUCUGAGUCCCAGAAACAAACUAGUUCAAUUCAAACCCAGAAAGAACAAAGCAUUACCAAUUCUCGGGGGGAGGCCUGUGGAAUUUGAUAGGGAUAGAGGAAUUGCGUCCAGUGAGAGCUUUUGAAGAGGAGAAUUCUGGGGUUUUUUGUCGGUUCUUGGAUAUAUGGCAGAGGUCCAGGAUCAGUUAGAGAUCAAGUUUCGGUUAAUCGACGGUUCAGAUAUCGGUCCUAAGGCAUUUCCAGUUGCCACAACCGUUGCAACGUUGAAGGAAACUGUCAUUACUCAAUGGCCAAGAGAAAAGGAGAAUGGGCCAAAGACGGUGAAAGAUAUAAAGUUGAUAAGCGCCGGUAAGAUUCUAGAGAACAACAAGACGGUGGGAGAUUGCCUGAAUCCUCUCUGUGACAUUCCCGGCAGUGUUACCACCAUGCAUGUCAUCAUCCAACCUCCUCCUUCCGAGAAAGAGAAGAAGACGAAAAGCGAUUCAAAACAGAACAAAUGCGUGUGUAGCAUCAUGUGAGGGAGACGGUCUCUGCUUCUCUCUCUCUCUCUCUCUCUCUCUCUCUCUCUCUCUCUCUGUGUAAUUUUUUUUUCCGACAGACAUCGUUCGCUUGAGGUUUGGUCUGAGUGUGAUUGGUAUUCGUUCAUUUGGAUGCUGAGCGAAUUCAUAGUAUUAGUAUACAUCUUUUUUUUUUUUAGUAAGCUCUUUUUUCUUUCUUCA